ACAAGCCUCACAGACAAACGCUGUGAGCAACUGACUCACAAGCCCAGCGGUCCAAUAUUCCACACUCAAGAUCUUUGAGCAAUCAAUCGCUAAUCUUCCUGAAUAACUCCUCUUCAAUAGGCAACCGCACUAACCAACUCAAGCGCAAGGCAGCCUCAGCGUCCUACAAGGCUAUGCUUGUGGCUGUUAUUUGACACACACUUCAAUCAUUUCACAUCACAUCCUCCUCGCCACAUAUAGAAUCCUCAAUGCUACUCAAUACCCCAUGUCCUUAACCUCACCAUGGCCUCUCUAACCACUAUGCCAAAUCGAGGCUAUACUCCAGAUCUUCCGAAUGAAAUCGUCGUACUCAUCAUCCAGAAAUGUCCGCGUGCUACAUUGAAAAAUGUACGACUGGCAUCAAGAAGCCUGGCGCAAUUGGCCGAUCCAUAUCUAUGGCGCAAAAUCGUCCUGGUUCCCAACGAUCAAUGCAUCCUCGGCUUCGUCAAGGCCAUGAAACGAUCAAAGGUUGCCCGUCAUGUGACGAAGCUCACUUACGAUGCCCGAUUUGGCUCAUUCUUCCACAGUAUCAAGAACAUCACACCGGACCCAGCACUGUCCUACACCAAAGCAGAGAAAGCUCAAGGCGAAAGGUUGCUAGAGAGAGCCGCUCAAGGUCGUUUUCAACCGUAUGAAGAUAUGUCAGUGGAAGUCGCCAUACUCAUCAAAGCGCUCAGAAUGCUGCCGAAUUUACGCGAGAUUCGCGUCUGGGAUUACGAGGACACUCUGGAAAUGCGAGGCGACUCCUCACAGCUCAAGGUCCCAUUCUUCUAUCACAAGAUGUGUCAACUGGUUAAGAUUGACCCUAAAGUGGUCAAUUUCUGCACAAUGGCAGGGAGUUCGGGUAGGUCCUAUACCAAGGGUGUCCUGACCGCUGCAUUCUCAGCAGGUAACCGACUUCACACCUUCAAGACGAGCAAUGUCGAUGGUCGAGCCUUGUUUGGGGUUGUCCCUAUGAAGCCUGCCGUAGCACUCCAGCAAUUGGGCAUUUAUCACGAGGUGAUGGAAAACCUGCAGUCUCUCGAACUCGCUUUCCGGAACGAUACACUCGUUACCACGGCAAAUCACAUUCAAGCACUUCAAUCACUCCUCCGAUCAGCAAAGAAGCUCAAACAUCUCAGAAUUCGCCUCACAGACUGCAGUGUCAGCCGAUACCAAUACUCUGACGACGAACUCAUGUCUGAUCUGGUGGGGCUUCUGGAAACUCCCACAGGGGGCUGGGUAUCCCGAUCUCUUCUGCCGCGGUUGGAGACAUUGAUCAUUGAUGCCUGCAUAUGCCACGAUGAAGAUCUUAUGCAGUUUCUAAAGAUUCACUCUUCCACGUUACGGCGAUUGGAACUUUCAAACAUCACUUUACUAGGUGGAGAGGAUCGCCGAGAGUGCUGGGUCAAGUUGAUCAAACACUUCAAGACAGAUCUCAAGCUUGCCUUGAUAUCUUUCAGCGGGUGGUUCAGCAAUGGCGGGCGCCAACAAUGGUUCGUGGCUAAAGACAGUAUCGGUGACAACAGAUUGAAAGCAAGGGUGGAGAAGUAUGUCGUUGACAAGUGCAUCUGUGAAUGUCCUCUGGAACAUAUCGCAAUCAAGGCAAAUCAAAGUGACGUCGAGAAGCCUGGCAACGGCGAGGAGUACGAAGGCGACCUCACCUGGACGAUGGUGUAUUCGAAACGUUUUGGUGAUCAGAUGGACUGGCAGUUGACGGUGCCUUCAUUCGGAGUUCCUUCGACCGGAGCCGGAUCCGCUGUGAUCCCAGCCAUCGAUGAAAUGGAUGCUUUCGAGAUUCCUUUUUCUGAUGAAGUAUGGGAGAGCGACAACUUGAUCACCAUGUCAGACGACGAGAUGGCCGCCGCCGGCUUCACAAUCGUUAAUGGCGACCUAGCCACGAAGCAAUCGCCGUUCGUCUACAUCAGUAAUGGCAUUCAUCCGUCUCCGCCUCCAGGACUGCCACUUCCAGAAUAUGGCACUUCAAGUGGGAACGGGUGGUCAUAUUCACCAGGUGUAUCUACUCCAGAGCCUUCGCCACCACCUACGCCGCCAUUGCAGAGCAUCGUACCCGCCCCAGCCCUUCAACAAUCUGCCCUCAAAUCCAUUUACAUCUGAUCAAACACGACUUACCACUUUUUGUGGACCAACGCGACAUAGGUCGUGUCAUCUCAUACGACACUGAUUCUAAUUCUCGGAAUUUUAUGCAUGACUCGCAUGACAUGACUAAUGGGAGCAACAUUGGAGCACUGGGUUCUGGCUGGAUGGGGCUCAAAGCGACAGGGACAUAGUUGGAACUGAGACGGUCGAUUGACCAGAAUGAACUGAGAUGUGAAAAGGAUUCAUGAUUGGGAUUUCAGCAUACUCUUUCCACGUAUCGUAAGGGGACCAACUCGGGACAUUGUCAGGCACCAUAGCAGAUACGGAUUGGGCAAUAAAAAAGCUGGUUUGAUUUUCAUAAGCGGCUCCUCGUCUCCACCACCCCAGUAUCAUAGUCAUCGUGAGUGAGCAUGAAAGCACAUAAAGCAGGACUCACACACAUGCGACCAUAACAAAA